AUGCCUCAAUAUAGCACUUUUGCCAUUCCGACAGAAGGGAUAUCGCGAGAGGUAGUCGAGUGCGAUCUGCCCUUUUACCUUGGCCGGGAUGCCAAGAAAGGCGAUCGAUAUGUCAUUCAGUCAUUUGCAGAACCCCCGAGGCACAUGAUCAAAGCUCUGCGCGAUGACACAGCAAGGUGGUAUAGAAGCGAUGAACACAAGAGACGAUUGCGGUACUCGGAGAGUCGAAUCCAUCAGGAUCGGAAACGGGCUUCCCAGGGACAGGCCAUUCCUCAAUCACAACUGGCGAGGCACAACUCCCGCGACAAUCCCUCAGGGAAUGUUGCUACAGGCGUGUCCCCGAUUCCAGUGCCGUCGAGACCCUCUCUGGUACAACGGUAUAGCUCAAGCAAUGGUUCGGUCUUUGGGUCGUCCCAAGUCUCGCCUGGGUCCAACUUUGACAGUGGUUCUCGGUGCCAAUCGAGGCGUGAGUCAGACGCAAUGUCUUCACUAGAUGGCGGUAUGAUCAGUCGGACAAUGUCGGCGUCGAGCGCUGCUAGCAGCUAUGGGACGAAUGGCACGUAUGGCUUCAACCAAGAUCCGCCUGGAGGCCGAAACGGUGAAUGUAAGCCUUGGAGCUACCCGAGCAGUGGUUGA